AUGACAUCCUCAAAAUCCGCCGAUGGAGGUGAUCCGACAGGUCCCACGACUCCCCACCGAGUCAUCGCCGUCAAGAAACGCACCCCCAAUGCCGCUGCCACCACCGACACACAAGACCGCACUGUCUCAGCGCCCGAUGGAGAUGCCAACCCCAAUGCCGGGCUGGCCGCUACUCGCCGGCGAGCGACAACCAUGAAAGGUCAGCCGACACUACUGGGCGACUUCUUGCUGGGCCGACAAUCCCCAGCUCGCGUUGCAGCUGAGAAACAAGCAGCGCGGGAGGCAGCACGACAGCGACGGAAUAGCCUGGAGCUUGUGAAGCAGGAGAUGCGCCAAGCAGCUGUUCAGCAAGUCCAAGCUCCAGGAGGUGUGAAAGACCGCGUCUCAAAAUGGCAGAAGGCGAAUGCGGAGGCUAUGGCAACAGCAGACCCCCUUGCGACCCCGACCGAGCCCAGCGAAGUCAACAUACAAGUGGAAGAGGAUAGUGUGACGGAAGAGGAUCGCGUGAGGAUCAAGUUGCGCCAGAAGAGAAGACCACCUAUCGUCGUGGUUGAACACAACUCAGCUGGCGCCGAGACAGGACAGGAGAACCAAGGGGAGUCACAAUCAAGCAAUCCGCCUAAGAAGCGCGUUGUUAGUGAUACCAAUUGGGUGAAGAACCAGAGGAAGAAGAGCCCACCAAGAAAGCGAUCGCCCAAGCCUAAGCAACAGGAGGGUGCUGGUCAACCACUACCCAAGGACUUCCUCAAGCGUCCAGUUGCGAAUCCCCCAGUCUCCAGGAAAAUCAAGGAUUGGGCUACCAAGGUGGAAUUACCCGACGAACCUCCAAAACGGACCAGGGCAUCCAGAUCUGUCGGCAGUGGUGAUGGAAUCCGUGUCAAGUCUGUACCGAGUGAAAGUGAGGCGACAAGUCGGCGAUCUGAGUCAACACAUAUCACUGUGGAAAGUACAGCAUCUCAGAGAUCGAAGGAGCCGGAUGGCGAUGGUAUUAGAGUCAAGCCUUUACGGACGAAGAAAUAUUACGAUGACGGCAUACGGAUACGACCGCAAACGAGAUCGAUCCCAGACGACGGUAUCAGAGUUCGUCCUGGCCGACCGUCGUCAGAAGGAGCAAGCACUGUCCGCGCACAUUCGCCACAAAAGUCAAGAACGCCGAGCACCCGUGCAACAAGUACUCGGAGAGAUGCGUCGCCAUCAGGGCGGAUCGAGGUGAUAGAGGAUCCCGAAUCAGACGAGCCCAAAACGCCAACACAAAUUAGCUCCAAGAAGUCUUCCAAGGUGAGACGGAGACCUGCGAAGAGCUAUGCAGAAACCGGCACCACCGCAACCGGCACCACAGUAACUGAGGAUGUGUCCGAUAGCGAGUCUUGGUCGAGUGGUUCAGGGGUUGAGUCGGACUUGCCAUCCACUGUUCUACCGAAGUCACUGGCAGAUAUACCUGUCGGAUAUUCUGCCUUCAGCGAGUUAGAUCUACCGCUCGGCUCACGCGGGCGACCUACCCAGAGACCCAAAACCACCAGGCAGUCAAGCUUUAAGGGUGCUACUAACGUCCUGAAAAAGGCACUGACUGAGGGCAAGAAGAUACUCACAGAGAAAGCCGAGCAUCAUCCCAAACCAGCUCAGACUCAGAACCGACCGCCAAACAUUGAAAACUGGUUGAAAGACACGGUUGACCCAUUCGUGGAGGGGCAAGACAAGACGGAGACGAAUUCGGUGGCAGAAACAGAGACCAAGGCCGAACCGCCGAGGAAAUCCAUCGAGAAGGACUGGGCAGGCGAGAGCAACGCACAGCACUCAGGAUCGUCUUCGAGGCGAAAAUCUGCAGAGCCGGCAUCUAGCAUUGACAAGGGUGCAGAGCAUGCCCGCGCAAAAGAAACUGAAAGGCAAAGCAUUGAUGAACCAAGCAAAGAAGAGCCCACCACUCCAACCUCGAGCGGACUCAAACGAAGCCGAGCAACUAGGGUCACCUCGUCUCCUUUGAAGAGCACCAGUAAAAGGGGGUUCAAAGACAAGCUGAGAGAUGCGUUCCGCGGUGAAUCAACUGGCCAUAAACCUCCGCCUUUGGAAUAUUCCAGCUACGUCGAAGUCGUGGAUGAUGAGGAAAGCUAUGACGGGUACCAAGAGCCACGUUAUUCAUCCGGCACACGAAAGAGCCCCCCUCCAGCCGACUACGAUGAUGGCUCGUCCGUCUCAGCCGAGCCGGCGAAGACGAUGCAGCCGUCCCACUAUCCGAAGCGAAGACCACCGACUAAUGGCUUGCAUGAGCUAUCAACUAUUGUGUCUGAUGCCGAAACGCUUAGUACACUCGAAUCAGACUUAUCGUCAAUCGUCUCACAAACGACCGUGACCCAGAGUACUGGCCUGACUAGAAGCACGGCCAUCUCUCGGAAACGAAGCAAUAAAUCAGGUCUCAAACGGCGACUUACUAAGCAUUCCGACCUGGUAUCAGUCUUGUCCUUGCCAGACGACACCGCAUCACCUAGCAGAAGCAGGAGUCUCCGAUCAGCACGUAGUGUGAGGAGAACAUCCAACCAUCUCGACAACGCCAGUGUGGAGAGUCUAUUGCAGGAGUUCGCAGAUGACGAGUUUCUAUACACAAGAGAGUUGAAGACCCUGGUGGACGGCGUGAUCCCAGUUCUUCUCAGCCAGUUCGUCCAUGGUGCUAGCAGUUCUCAGAGAGACCCUUUUGCGUCUUCCACCAGCAGUCAAAAAGAAGAUGUGAUGUCGAAGGCUGUAGUGAGCAUGGGUAUAGCCCUUGAGAAGUUGAAGAACCACCACCGGCGCUGCCCCAUUUCUGACAUGCACAGACUCCCGCAAUGGCUCGAGACCGUGCAGCCUGUCUACGAGAACUACCUGGACGUAUGGCGUCUUGGAUUCCAGGGAGUCAUUGUCAACCUGGCUCCGGCGUCGCCUGAUGACGAAGACUCGCUUGUCAAUGCCAUGCCUCGCAAUGAGCAAGGCGAUGUCCUCAAUGAAGACGGAGAUCGCAUUGAUGUAGCUCACCUGCUGAAGCGACCCCUGGUCCGUGUUAAAUGGAUAACCAAGUUCGUCAAGGGGUAUCGGAGUGUCACAGGCACCAAUCAGUAUGAACCACUUGCUUCCAAGUGGGAAGCCCUACAAGAAAAGGCGCGCCGGAGGAACAAGGAAGAAAACGCAAGAGUCACAGACGACGAUGCCAAGAACACCGAUACAAGUCGAGUCCGCGACUUGAAGACCAUGGCAGCACGUGACAAUGUUAGGAUAGACCGAUUUCGCCAAGUCUAUGCUAAAGACUCAUUCUCUCUUGACCUCCGGCACUCGAACGGACAACGGCUAGAAUGUCAGGUUGAGCUGGUCUACCGCGACAACCAGCUAUUCAAGUCCGACCCUGGAGACUUACUUAUCAGGGAAACAGGCAGCGAAGGUCGUUCAUGGCUACUGUUCGCUUCUAUCACCGGCGCCCACCUGUCUGCCCGAAAAGGCGAUGACAGUUUUCAGCUCGUCGUCAUGAUCAGGGGUUACAAGGACGAAUGGUUUGAACUCGUGACCUUGACCGCAGACGAUGAAGAGCAAGUACUGGAUUGGUUAGACAUCCUGGGCAGUAAUCCGGUGCCGCCAGCGGUGAAGGAUGCCCAAUUGCCGGAACAAGAAUCGGUGGUCCUUUCGCCCAAAUCUACUGUUGGGGAUAUGCCUUUGGGUGAAAGGAAACUGCGUGAUCCUGCCGCUUCACCAAAAGCGUCGAAAGGUGUCGAUAGCCCCGAGGCGAGAUCAAACACUCCGACGCGGUACCACCAACGAAAUGGCAGUCUCCCAACUACGCCAACUAAUGCGACCUUCGCAGGAGCAUCAACUCCAUCUCCUGAGAGGACACCAACCCAGGAUUCCUACCAGAAAUCAGGGCGUCCGCUGCCGGAACCAUCGAAUGAUAAAGAAUACGGGCGGCGUUCUCGCCCACUGAAGGAGGGCAUGCGGCCUGAUCCUCUGACACUCAGCAGAUCUUCUGAUGAUACCACUCAUCGUGACGAUGGCCCACCAACUCCUCCAGCCCAUCGAACACCCAAGGCUAAGAAGUCUCCUACAACGCUCUCACCUCCUGUUGAUACACACUCGAGUAUUAAGCGACGAACGUCCUCUCCUCUCAAGCAUGAAUAUUAUCCGUCUGAUGCUUCGUCGGCGAGCUCAUACUCCACAUCAGGCUCGGAAGACGAUGAUUCUUACUCUGAUUCAUCGUCUGACGAUGAACUGGAAGCAGCUGACAUGCCCGAUACCGCACCAGCAAUCAGUAUCAGAAAAGAGCCCGCCGCCUUCACUGAGUCUGUAGUAUCCGAAAGCCUCGUGAGCAUUAGCCCUUCAGCCUCGAUUUCCCAGGCUGCUGUCAAAAAGCCGGAGUAUCUGUUCAAGUCAUUGGCCACAAUCUCGUACUGGGACAACAAGCAUGGGUGCUGGAAGGAGCUGUGGCCGGACAUCUGCUCCAUUGUCACCACGCCAGGUCUAAUUGAAGCCCACCCUUUUAGACGGACGCACACGUCCUCGGGUGGUCCUUCGCAGGAAGAGGAUCGUCCACUCAUCGCGAUGGACCUCACUCCUUUGGUCAUGCUGCGGAAUAGUACGGCUCUCGACCUCGAAAUAAGAUCUCCCGUCUUGAGGUACGCCAGGCUAUACUCGAAAGUGAACAGGCUUGAGAGCUCAUUCUUCCGUUUCCGAGCCGCUUCCUUUCAGGAAUGCGAGAAUUUAUACAUGGCGGUGCACCGAGCCCGACUGGACAACGCCAAGUACAAGGCUUUGGAGGAAGAGACACGUAUUCGGGCUUUUGGUCAACACCAGGUCCCGGAGACCGAGGGUGAUGGCAACAGUCAACGGCGCAGCUGGUUCGGCCGCAAGAAUAGCUAUCGCGCAUCCGCUCGCGCACCGUCACAGUCUGCUGGUAGUGCCUCGCACUCGAGUGUAUCCGCUUCUUCCUUUCUCAAGAAGCUCAUGGGUGGCGGCGGCCAAUCUUUCAAUAUCGCCGGAUCAUCUGUCAAUCGGCUUUCUCCGCUGGGGAGCAGGGAGACUUCUCUCUACACGUCAUCAUCUGGCUCCGGGACGCCCCCUCGCUCGCCCUCGGUCAGCGCCGCUAACAGCGGUAACGCGGCCAGGAUGAGCCUUACGACGAACAACCUCAAGAUCCGCCUGCACCUGCUCGUCUCGGCCAGCAAGUGGGAGGACCACGGCAACUGCUACCUCGAGGUGACGCGGCCGGACCAGGGCACGAAGCAGAACCUGCGCAAGUACCAGGGCAUGGAGAAGCGCGUGGUGGUGACCAAGAUCCCCAAGAAGGACAAGGGGGACGCGGGCGGUGACAAAGGGGUGCUGGUGCUGGACGUGGUGCUGGGCAGCCGCUGCUUCUCGCGGUUGGGGAGCAGGGGCGUCCUGCUCAACGUCUGGGAGGAGGUCAAGGACGAGAGCGGCGAGGCGGGCGUGGCGCCCAAGAGCGGCGGCAGCAGCGGCAACGUGAGCAAGUGGUGCUUCGCGUGCGCGUCGGUCACCGAGGCGAGCUGGGUCUUUGGGCUCGUUACGCAGGAGGUUGUUAUUGGUUGA